AUGUUACUUUCAAACAGAAUUUCUAAUAGGGAAAUUAAGGAAAUAAUUACUCUUAAUAUGUUUUAUUUGCUACUUCUAUCAUUAUAGAAAACCCUGUUAACUUUAUAAUUGCCCAAAUAAGUUCUUGGGAGUAAAAUAAAACAGUAAAUAGCAAUAUAAUAGAUUUAGACCAUAACAAAUAUUUUGUGGAUAGAAAAGAUUUAAGGGUUGUUAUUAAUUUAAAUGAUAAUAAUAUUAAUAACAAUAUCGGGAAGAACUUAUAUUUUUAUCUUAUAGAUCUAGGAUUAGUUGAUAAGAAUAUUCCUUUAAGUGAUACUUAGUCUAUUGAAUAAUACUAUAUUCUAAGAACACAAAAUAGUUGUCUAAAUAAUUGUAAUAAUUAAGGAAUUUGCUCUUUAUCUACCUGUAAUUGCCAAGAAGGAAAAGUUGGAAAAGAUUGCAGUGUUAAUAUUUAGGAAAUUAAAUAAAGUAAAUUUUAAAUUAAAUACCAUAAAUAAAUUUGGCACCUUACACUUUUUAAAUACUUUAAUUUACAUUUAGUUGUAUAAAUUAAAUUAAUAUCUUUUUUAUUAAUUAGAUUUUAAUAAAGAAUAUCCUCUAUAUAAUCAUCCAAUUAAUUAUUUUUUUAUUGACAUUCAAAACCUUACUAACGAUUACAUUUAAAAGUCUUAAAUUUAGUUCUCAGCCGAUUCAAAAAUUAGUCUCAAAAUAUUAAAUCUAUUAGAUUUUUCAGCUAAUUUAAAUUAAACUCUUAGCAUGCUCUCCUCACCUAUAUUAGAAAAAGAAAAAUCAAGCAUCAGUUUUAACUUAAAUGAAUUACUUUAAACUUAUAAAAAUGCUAAAAUAAUUGUAUUUUAAGUAAGCUCCCAAAAUGACGCUUCAACAGUUUAAAUUUAAGUUAAUAGCUAAUAAGGUUAGCAAUAAAAUAAUUUUACUACGUUUUAUAUUUGCAUCGGUUCAAUUUCGUUUGGAUUAGUGUUAAUCGUUGUGAUUCUGAUGUAAAUUUGUAAAUAUAAAGAAAGAUAGAGAAAGUUCUUCUAAGGAUUAGCCAGACAAUAAACUAUUCAAAAUGAGAGAAACUAUUACAAUGAGAUCUAAGUGUAAACAAAGAUACACUCAAAUACUUAAUAAUAAGAUGUCAAAAAAUAUUUACCUUCAAUUUUAUUCACUGAAAAAAUAAAAGCAGUAUACCAAGUUGCUGAUUUUCAAUGUUCAGUAUGUCUUGAAGAAUUUGUUGUUGGAAAAGAUUAAAUAAAAGUAACAAUAUGCAACCACAUAUUUCACGAUGCUUGUUUAGAUGAAUGGCUAACUAAAUUUUAAAAUUGUCCCCUUUGCCGCCAAUAACAUUCACUUUCAAUAAUUAAAAUGUAUUUUGAUAAAAACUCAAAAAUAGAUUAGAAAAAUUCAAGUAGUAAUAUUUCAUUUGAAAAUUAACCUGAAAUACCAAAUGAAUAAAUUGCAAACAUUGACUUGAAAAUUCAAAAUAAAUAAAACAUUAUAAAUUAAGAUAAAAAUAUUUAACAUCUGAAUUAAUAAUUAAAUAUUGAUGUUUCAGAAAUUUAAAACUCAUUAAUCUUAAAACCAUUAUAAAUAACUUUAAAUUCUCCAAAAUUUGAAAAGUAAUAAUCUUAUUAAACAUAGCAGAGUUUGAUUAACUCGACACCACAGAAAAUCUUUAGAUAGAGAUCGUUUAUGAUGAUAAAUAGUCCUUUAUAUCAAAAUUCUAAAUAAUUGUAAAAUUUAGAUGCUCAAAUAAUGAGCAGAUAAUCUUCGUUUGAAAAAAAUAAUUAGCAAAAUCAUACUUUUAGUACUAUUUAUAAAGCCUCUUAUUGUGUUUCAUAAAAAGAAUCUCAACCAAUAAAAGUUUGA